ACAAAAUUUUAUUACAUAUUUUUGAUACAUUUUUCUAUUAUUACCUUUUUUAUAUGAAUCAUUCUUUGGCUGCUUGUAUCAUUAAUAUAACUAUCUUGUAUAAUAUGUUAUAAAAAAGUAAAAUUGUAAAAUAUUAUAGUAUUGUAAAAUAUAUUAUAUAUCUGAUACGUGAACACCGGCAUAUGAGCAUUGCGAGCCAUGUAUAUACAUACACGUGUUGUCUCCAUGGUAAUCACAAGUUAGUUGAAGUGUGUAAAAAUGGAGAUUGAUCCGAAAUUCACGUUCGUGCCGCUGAAUGAGAAAAUCUACGUCGGGAUUAACGAUAAAAAUACACAGGAGUAUCUGUGUAAAUGGGGCUUAAAAGGGAACUUUGUCAUCCAGAAUUUUUCGUUUAACGAGCCGUUUCAGCAGUAUCAUAAAUAUCAGUUAGCUGAUGCGUUUUUUAAAGAUGAUACCGUCGCAAAAGCACUGUUGUCCAAACAAGGCUGUGCUUGGGUAAAACAAGGUAUACGAGCGUCAAAUGUGCAAGUAAAACAAGUGCCGUGUUCAGUCCUAAGUAUGUCAUUCUUUAACAAACUGAAGGAUCCAGAUAAUGGGAUUGUGCAUAAUUCCGGAAUAAUAUGUAAAAGAUAUGACUUACAAGUAGAAGAUUUUCUAGUGUCUGAUAAUCUACGUGGUAUGCUUUUGGAUGAGGAGUCAGAAGAAUACAGUCUGUAUUCGGAAGAUGAAAGACUUGAAUUUGCGUUCCGAAUCUUUCAAAUGCUCGUUCUCGGCGGAACAUUAUGUCAAUUUGAGGAUGUAUUACAGCCGUAUCUGGAUGUAACUAAAAAUAUCUAUAAGGAUCUCAUAAGAGUGCAGAAACAGAAUACUUCGAAUGAUUUGUUCGUGAGCACGUUGGUGUUAGAAAUAGUUGCUAAGAAUGGCAAAGGCCAAGAUUACUUCCCAUCUGAUUCAAGCAACAGGCAAAAUAUUGCAUUCCUAUUGAUAGAUGCUAAUUCUCGCGAAAUUACGACUUUCAUACAUCAAUAUGGUGGGUAUUUUGCAGAUUGAAUCUGAUUUCACUACAAUACGUACUUGUUCUCUUAUAGAUAUCAUCCUAAUUAAUAAUCGCUCUUCUCGUAUAUAUUUUCUUAGGUAUA